GUUACAAUUUGUGCCAUGAGGCUCAUCUCUCCCAGGAGGCCCCGGUAUCUAACAGGUGUCUUCUGGACUCCGCAGUGCCAGUCUUGGCCCCGUUACCACACAGAUGCUACGCUGCGGUCUAACCCUCCACCUCCCACCCCAUCUCGGGGUCCUGAAGGGGGCUCGGGUCAGAUCCUCUCUGUGUCCGCAGCCUGGAGCCUGGCACCUGGGAGCACUGGAGAAGCUGCUCUGAACUGGCUUGAACUGCGCACCCUGAGCCCGUUCUGGCUCAGGGACAAAGUGCUUUCAGGGAUGGCCCAAUCCACUCCAUUACCCUCCCUCCUUCUGGAGACUCCAGGAUACUCUCGGAGCCACAGCAAAGGCAAGUACCAGGUCUGGCUGGGUCGCCACAACCUGUUUGACGACGAAGACACAGCUCAGCACAUCACCGUCAGCAAGGGCUUCCCUCACCCGCAGUUCAACAUGAGCCUCCUGGGCCCGCACCCCAGCGACCCCCAGGACGACUACAGCCACGACCUGAUGCUGCUGCGCCUGAAGGAGCCCGCGCGGAUCACGGACAGCGUGCAGGUCCUGCCGCUGCCCAGGGAAGCAGCAGGAACGGAGUGGGGGGAGCCGGCUCUUUGUCUCAGGCUGGAGCAGGGCAACGUGUGGUCUUCAAGGUCUUCUCCGAGGACCAGUGUGAGAAAACCCCCUGGAUCCGAGAGCAGCUGGAUCCGGCCUGGAGAGGAGUCGGCUCCCCGAUCCCACUGCAGCCGGGGCCUCAGAGUCCAGGGACGGAGGGCAGAGCCGGAGGCCGCGGACAGCUCUGCAGUAGUCGGGGCUCUGCAGGCAAAUGCGGCUGGAAGUCGGGUCAGAAUUGGACAGCUGAGGCCUGGACCCUGGAAAUAUCCUUGUCGGGGUCACCAGCGCCUCGAUCACACCCCCGUGGCAGCAAGGGUCACUUUGCGAGGUGCCCAACAGCCAGGAGAAGUCACGUGGGUUGGCUGCUGUUGGGUGUGGUCUGUCCCUAGGCGUCCCCAGACUGGAAGCUUGCCGACUUCAGGAGGAGCUGGGAUGUUUAAAUGGCAGAGCCCCGUGGAAGAAACCUGGAAACCAGAAAGCAGAAACCUCAUUGCCCCAAGGGCACCCCCAGCUGGCUCAGAGCAGGCAUCCCAGGCUGCCCCAGGGCCUUCGCACCAGCCUAAGACUCCUUCCUGGUCCUGGUGGCAGCACCACUCCCUGAGAUUCCAGCCUCAGACCCCAGAGUGGGGGCCCCAGUCUCAGAACCUGAGGUUUAGGCUUCCGAUACCUCCCAAAAUCCAGACUCUGGACUACGCGUUCUGGGCACAGCUGGGACACCUAAUGCUAAGCCAGAGACUGAGGAGGCUGCGGAGGUGCAGAGAUUCAGUCAGAACAGCACUUUGCUCACCGCUGCAGGACCCUCUUCACUUCAGCAGCCACACCCCACUCUCCCUCCCAGCACCGGAAAUGACAGGUCUGCUGCCUCUGAGGAUUGGCCUCUCUGGAUCUUCCGCAUCGACGGGGUCUACAGUGUGUGGCUUUUCAGCACAUGCGAGUUCUGCCACUGAGCGUCGUGUUUUCAAGGAGACCAUUAAGGCUCAAAUUAAGGACCCACAGCCAUCACCUGUGAGGACAGGGUCACAGGCCAUCGGGAGGAAAUGUGUGUCCUGCAUCAGAGAAACUGCUUAUCAGGGUCUGUAAAGUCUUGUUGGAUUUUGGUUUGGAUGGUGUUGAGCUUAUAAGCGAAGUGGGACUCCAGAUGCAUCCGUUUU